AUGUCUCAAUUGACACAAGAUUUUCAUCGUCCAACUGUUGAACUCGGCUUGGAAUCAUCAUUUACACACGAUGUAACUUCAUCAUCAAAUGAACCAGCAGAGCAAUUAUCGAGUACAGGCUUGAAUGAAAACUUCAAUGUAUCAGAAACAACAAAUGAUCUACAAACAACCACAUUAACUGAUAAUAAUAAUAAAAAUUCGACAAAAAUUGAACUCCAACAAAAUCUAUCGACACCAGACUUGAAAAAAAUGCAACCAGAACAGAAAACCACAUCACCAUCUUCAGUUGAUCUAAAAAUCAACGAUGUGGAACAUAAUUUUAGUGAUUCAAUCAUCAAUGAUGAUCGAAUAUCUGCUGUUCAGCAUGUUGUCAAUAACCUUCAUCAAUGCCUUGAUAAAUUGAAGGAUGUUUAUGCAUCUGUUGCACAAAGCUCAGAUACACAAGAUGUUAUGUUAAAGAAACAUAUUGAACAGAUAUAUAAUGAUCUUCGUCUACGUAUUACAAAUGAACAACAACAAAAUGAUGAGUGUGGAACAGAUACAAUUACUGUUUUUGUUACUGAUGAAUCCCUUUAG